AAACCAUCAUUUCUGGAAGUUUGCUCUUUGGCUUUGGGAUAACCAUGAUGUCUCUUUUCUUUCUGGAUAAUGAAGGCUUGAGGAAGUUGUAGAGAGAGAAAGAGAGAAUGUUAGAAAGAGAGAGUUUAAACACGGGGUUUGAAGAAGCUUCUUUCUCUGUUGGUUCUCAGUUCUGACUACUUUUUGCACUGUAUGAGACUACAUAGAUUUGUUGGUGAGUAGAUAUAAAUUAAUGAUGGAUUUUUCGGAGUUUGCAAAAAUUGUGUUCAGUAAAAUCCAGAAACUAGAGCCGGAAAAUGCUACAAAGAUUAUAGGUUAUGUUCUUUUUCAAGACCAUGGUGAAGAAGAAAUGGUUAGGUUGGCUUUGGGUCCGGACCACUUGAUUCAUGAAGUGAUUUUCAAAGCCAAAACUGAACUACAACUAAUAGCUACUAGCAAGCCAGUACCAUCCCCAAUCUCACCACUCAUGAACCCAGUUUUCACUCCUUACUCACCUGUUCCUUCUAGGUCCUUUUCAUCACCAACAGCUUUUCGAGUUCCAACUGCCUAUUGGGAUCCUCCGAUAGCAAGCAAGCAUAAUUCUGAUUUCAGUUUAUCAGCUUGCUCGGAUUCUAUUGCUGAACUCCAAAACCAAACUCAGUUUUUGAGUUUAGAAGAUCAAAUAGAGCCUACCAAUUCUGGACUUGCGGGUUUUUCAAAUGAUUACUUUUACCCGGAUGCUGCCAUGGGCAACUUAAGUGCUAGAACAACUAGACGAAUUUCAAGCCUGCCCGAAUUUCCAGUUAAGGUUUGUCACUACUUCAAUAAGGGAUUUUGUAAGCAUGGAAGUAGCUGUAGGUAUUUCCAUGGACAAGUCAUGCCUGAGAGCUUCUCUCAGAUGUAUGGAAAUGAUGGCAUUAAUGACGAUCAUCUUUUCUCACCCGGGUCACUUGAGAAGCUUGAAUUGGAAAUUGUUGAGAUUCUCAAAUCUAGAAGAGGGAAUCCUGUUUCCAUUGCUUCUCUGCCUAUGAUAUAUUAUGAGAAAUAUGGAAAAGUUCUUCAGGCAGAUGGAUAUCUCACUGAGAGCCAGAGACAUGGUAAAGCUGGUUAUAGUUUGACAAAGCUUCUUGCUCGAUUGAAAAGUAUUCGGCUGAUUGACAGGCCUCAUGGGCAGCAUGCUGUAAUUUUGGCAGAAGACGCUUCAAAAUACUUGGACAAUCGGAAUGAUAAAAGUGACCCUGGUCCAAUUGUCAGUGGGUCACGACAGAUAUAUCUAACAUUUCCAGCUGAAAGCACUUUCACCGAAGACGAUGUCUCUGACUACUUCAACACCUAUGGUCCAGUUGAAGAUGUGAGGAUUCCCUGCCAACAGAAACGGAUGUUCGGGUUUGUAACCUUUGCUAGUGCAGAUACAGUGAAAAUGAUUUUGACCAAAGGAAACCCGCAUUUCGUUUGUGGGGCUCGUGUUCUUGUGAAACCUUACAGGGAGAAAUCAAGGCUUAGUGAGAGCAGGAGGUACUCGGACAGAAUUGAUCCUCAAAUGUACUACUCUACACACUAUGUUGAAAUGGAUUCUGAGCUUCACUCAAUGCCAAGAGAAUUUGAGACUUCUAGGUUGCUGAGGAAGCAGCUUAUUGAGCAAGAAGCCUUUGAACUUGAGAGGAGGCAACUUGCAGAGCUGCAGUUGGCACGUAAGCCUCCAGCCAGUCAGCCACACUUUGGCUACUCCAUGGAUGGAUUGAAAGUGUCUAAUGUUCAUGCAGAUCCUUUCAAUUUUCCAUCUGCAGAAAGAUUCAAUUAUCUGUUGGAUGUUCUGAAUGGUGGCUCCACUGGUGAUGAUAGUACACCUGGGCAUACUGACACCUACACCGACUCAGAGAGCAAUCAAGUUCUUAAUCUCCCUGAAAGCCCAUUUGCGUCUCCAAUAGCAAGCGGCAUUUCUACAGUCAUAUAGAUUCAGCAACACAUAGAAGAUUAUAGAGAUAGAGUACUGGUUUAAAGGCAACAUCUUUGGUUUGAUACAUAACAGUCCUUUUUCCCUUUUUCGUCAAACAAUCAGAUUCCUGCAAGUACAUACUGGCUAACGAAGAAACAUCGGAAGAAUUUCCACCCUUUACUUUGGGUUGGAGUUAGAAAAGAAGAAUAUGAUACAUAGAAGUACAUGUAAGAAGGUUCUACAGUUUGUUAUUCUCAAUCACAGAAAGAAGGCAAGAGGUUUAAAAUUUUAGCAGAGGAUGUAAGUAUAGUCUUUAGUGGAUGAAAAAGACCAAAAUAUAUGCAGUGUUGAGAGAGUUUGAAAUAUGUUUAGAAUUUCUGAACAUAGAGCAAUAGACGAAAUAAUUAUAAACAAAAGGUUUAGCAGCAGCUUAUACCAAUAUAUCUAGUAUUUUUGCUAGUAUUA